AUGCAACUUUUAUUCCUUUCUUUUUUUUCUCUCGUCUCCGGACAAGAGUUGAUAUCGAAGAGCCUGCUCGGUCUGGGAAGUGAGCAGGCAGUCGCCGUCUCGGGAAGAGUCAUCUGCAACGGAAGACCGGCCGCGAAUGUGAAAGUGAAAUUGUACGAGAACGAAAUGAGUAAAUUGAAUUGAGCUGAAAUUUCAUUUGUUUGCAUCCAUUCAGUGUUCGAUCGUCUGAUGGAAGAAGGAACGUCCGAUUCGAACGGCGCAUUCAGCAUUUCCGGCUCUAAAUCGGAGAUCAGCACAAUCGAUCCGAAGUUGAACGUCUAUCACAAGUGCAAUUACAACGGGGUAACUAUUUAGAUUCUGUACUCAUUUGUUUCUUUCCUGUUUUCAGUUGUGCUACAAGAAGUUUACUAUUCACAUUCCCAGCGAGUACGUGACUACGGGCAAAGAUCCUGCUCGUACUUUCGACAUUGGCACGUUGAACUUGGCGAAUCAGUAUGCGGGACAAAGUACUGAUUGUCUCAAUUGAUCACUGAAAUUGAUCUGCAUCGUGAUUAAAACUCGUGUCAAAAUAAAUGUGAGCUUCUUAACCUGAUUCUAAUUGACUUUGCCGAUAAGAGAGUUGGCAACAACAGUUUAAAUCCGAAAAACAAAUUGGUGCCGUAAUUGUUUCUUUUCCGAUUCAUCUGUCGGCAUUCCAAUCCCUCGGUGUGCUUCCUUCUUACAGAAAGUUCAAGAUGUCUGUUUGUCACCAUAUGUGUCCCACCCCCGUUCUCCAAAUGACUCAGCGAUCUUUGUGCCACGUGCUGAGUCAGAUACUGUUUGUCCAGAUCGCUCAUCUGUGUAUGAAAUGGAGACCAAAAGUAUGAAAACGCGUUAAUUGAUUUCCCAAUUGCCUGUGUCGAAUAAACAGAAAGAAAAUGUACAGAAAUAACUAAUAUUGACAACUCUCACAAGAGACCAAACGGUAUAUAAGUUAGAGAAGAGCGAAAAUCGUAGUUUGGAUUGGAUACAGAAUGCAGUCGACACUACUCACACUUUUUGCUCUCUUCCUAACUGCAUUCGGCCAGGGAGUCAUUUCCAAGAACAUUUUCGGAAUUGGAAGUCGGCAGGCUGUGGCUGUCUCGGGAAGAUUCAUCUGCAACGGAAGACCGGCGGCCAACGUGAAGGUCAAGUUGUACGAGAAUGAGAUCUGUGAGUUGGGUCACUUCUGAAACGGAACUUCAACUGAACUGAAAUAUUUCAGUGUUCGACCGACUCAUAGAAGAGGGCCGAACCGAUGCGAACGGACAGUUCCGAUUGGCCGGCUCAAAACGGGAGAUCACCACAAUCGAUCCGAAGUUGAAUGUUUAUCACAAAUGCAAUUACAACGGGGUAACCGAACUGUUUUCCCUUCGGCUUGCCGUAAUUCGUCACUGAUCUUUUCAGUUGUGCGACAAAAAGUUCACCAUCCACAUCCCGGAUCAAUACGUUACUUCCGGGCGCGACGCCUAUCGCACUUUCGACAUUGGCACUUUGAACCUGGCAAACCAGUACUCGGGGCAGACUACAGACUGUAUCAAUUGAGGCGUCGAUACACGGAACAAAAAUAAAGAUCGGCGACAAAACCAAGAGAGUUUAUUGAAUUUGUAUGUGUAUAACAUGUUAAAUGAAAUGGUUUUUCGUACUUGUGCCAAUAGUAAAUGCGCAAACACUAACUUUGUUUUAGUCUUUUCCUGCUCUCAGUAAACAGUGCUCCCCCUCGGCAGCGCCCCCUAUAAAUAUCAGGUGGUGUCGGUGAGAGUUAUUCAAAGUUAAGAAUGUGCUCUCCGUCCUCUCUCCUCCUGCUCCUUGCUCUUUUCUCCUCCACCUACGCCCUUCUGGGUGUCGGAAGGACGCAAUCGGUGGCCGUCUCCGGAAGGCUCAUCUGCAAUGGACAGCCCGCUUCUGGAGUCAAACUGAAGUUGUACGAGAAGGAAUCCAGUAAGUUCAAGCUUCAAACCAUCUCUCCGGACCUCUUCAUUUUCAGCCUUUGAUGUUCUGCUGCAAGAAACUACUUCUGAUUCGAAUGGUCAGUUCCGUCUGUCCGGAUCCAAGACGGAAAUCUCGACGAUCGACCCGAAACUGAACAUCUACCACAAGUGCAACUACAACGGAUUGUGCUACAAGAAGAUCGGAAUCACGAUCCCGGACAACUACGUCUCUUCCGGAAAGACGCCGAGCAAGACGUACGACAUUGGAACUCUGAACCUGGCGAAUCAGUACACGGGACAGACCACCGACUGUAUCAACUAG